CUUUUGGGCCUGCAGGUUGGUAAACGGAAGCGUAGGUUUGAGCUUUUUGCGAUCCUUUUUCUGGUCCGUAAUAUGAGGAGGGAACGCGUCCUGAGGGAAUGAGCGUCCGAGAACCUGGACGGUUCUGGACGCAGCAAUGCCUUUAUUUUUCCAGCGGUCUGGCUACCGAAGAACGUUACCUUUCACUCUCCGCUAGAAGCUUCCUUGUCUGUUGAAACAUCCGCGCUUUCAUGCUACCAUAACGCGUGUGUUUGCCUCUUCGUUUAACGCCCUUUCUUCCACCAAUUUCGCCCGAGAGCCUUUGAGGCAUCGACCGUUCAGCGAGCUGUUGCCCCAGAUCCAUUGUGCCUGUUUUCUCUCUAGCUUCUCGGAAAAGUUUCGGCUUUUAGGCUCGCACGCUUCGCCCCUUUUCUUUCCACCUACUCAUUUUCUCUUACUCUUCUACUUGUGUGGCGCCGUGCAUUUCUCGUCUCCGACGCGUUUUCCCGGCACUGAGAUCUAGCUCUCGUCUCGAGGUCACGGGACAUCUUGCAGUACGCCAGAGAUAGCACGCUGGAUAAGGACUUCCGGCAUUCACACGACCAAGUGAAGAGACUGGCAGAUGCUGCGGUGAUUCAAGUAAAAUCCACUGUUUACGUGCGCAAGCAAGUCGAUGCUCGGAACUCCAUGUUUAGCGUAGAGGUCCAUACUCCCACACCUUACCAAGAGCGUCCAAAGAACGGACAAAACAGCGGUCCUCUCACCGUUCCUGAUUUUCUAGUGUAUGCCAUAUGGCGCAGCCAAGUGGAUGCUUCUCUUAGUUCUAUCGUCGCCACUGUUUUUUUUCGCUAGGACGCUGCACUCCAUUUACAUGGCCGGACGAAUGGACAACGUUUCAGGGUUUUCGUCCCUCACAAUUCGGAAGCAACACUUUCGCUCUAGAUAUUUGUCUCUAUUUUUCUUUCCUCGUCGUAGCUUUAACUGUUCCCAUUCCAUUCUGACAAACGCCACCGCGGCCCGCCGGCAAACUCAUCCGGUACUCCUUCCAGCAUGGUUAUUCGUCAUGGAAGCCUUUUCACUUGUGAAUGCGUUUGUUUAAACUGCCCAAUGUCGUCGGUUCUGCUUGGAGAAGCAUGUUUCUAGACCAAAGAAAUGUGCUGGCAUGCGCCUUUCCCCGUAUGGAGAACUUCUGGGAUUGCGGCGACAGGAAGCGACGACAGCACCUGGAAUCAAAUGUCAAGCGUGGCUGGCGUAGCGCGGAAGAGCCGCGCCUGAGCGCAGUUUUCACGAUUGCAGGAGGAGGAAGAGUUUUUCUGUGAGGGUAGGCUUUCGAAAACAUAGGGAAGGACGCGACGCUCCGCCGCCGUCAUUUCCUUUGCGUCUUUCGCUUUUCUGCGGGCCACUUGGCUUGCUCGUCACUCGUUCACUCUGAGGGAACUCGCGUUGUCUCCAACUGGAAGCGUCUUCGGCAUCUGAUCUGCUGUGCCUGGCCCAGGUCCCUCUGUCGGCGUCCAGUGCAUUACUCUCAAGGCGUUUUUGUCGAAAGCUUUUCUCCCGCUGUUCUCCAGGUUCCUCAUCUUCGUUUGCGAAGAAGGGAUGGAGCUGAGGCGUAUGAGAUGCAGCGCAUGUGUUUCUCUCUGUCUCGAGUAUGGGAAGGCUGUCGAGGCUCCUCACCUUUGGUCUCCGCAAGCCUUCCCCUCACCCUUCGACGCCCACCACCGACGCCGUCUCGCCUUCGCAGUUCCACUCGACCUUCGUCCCCACUUCUCCCUACUCGCGCCGAGUCUCCGCCUCCCCUUCCCCGCAUCCGUCCCUCUCGCGCCCGGACCCUUCUGAUCUUCCGUCCUUGCCUUCUUCUCCAGUUGGCACGUCUUCGCCCCCUCCAGCGUGGCGCCAUUCCACGUUUCGAUCACCGCUCGGGCGAGCUUCAUCGACUUCACCAGUCACAAGCAAGUCUCCCUUCGGGGGUCGCGAGUCUGCCCCUAGCUCGCCUGGUAAGCAGGCAGGAGUGGAACCCAGACGCGGACGCUUCCGAUUGCCCAGCGCGCCGGCUGAUUCCCACCCCCGGAGUGUAAGCCUAGGGGCAGCCCUGCCUGUGGGCGGCGCCGCUGCGGGGGCGAUUCGGACGGCUCCGGGCAUUGCGGGGCCUGCACGCCUGACGUCGAGCAUUCCUCUGAAACCCAAGGCCCCGUUCGGGCGCUCGGGCUCCAGCGUGGCUGUCGCGGCUCCGGUGCGUAGCCUUUGGACUCGCAGAAACACUCUGGAAGCCUCGCAGGACUUCGCCGAGCGACCGGGGCGAAGUUUGGAAAGAAACGCGCCGCUCGAGCCGCCUGCGCCGAAGGCAGAGCCGGUUACGCGAGGAAGAACCAGCCUCGCUGGUCUGGGAAUUCUGGGUAGAGGGACAACUCUGCCUGCGGACCGAGAGCAAGACUCCCGGCGCCAGACGAAAAGUGUCUCUUUCCAGAAAAAGACGCGGUCGCGUUCCCUCUUCGCGUGGGUUCGACGCCCCUCGAUAAUCAACACCAACUCGCUGCUUCCCGAGCAGAGGAAGGAGGAGCCUGUGGAGAAAAGGACGAGCAGGAGAGACAGCGAGCUCCACCGGUUCCUGUCGAGAGACCUGCAGAGUUUUGGGAGGCCAGGCGGUCGGCCGCGCGAGGCGAGCACAAGGUGGCAAGGGAAAAGUUCCUUUUCGGAGGCAUCAAACGUGAUACGGAGUGAAGACAGUGAGCAGACAGGCCACGCGUCCCACCUCUUCGUGCAUUCGAGCGAAGCGCGCAUGCGCCGUGUCUAUCUUGACAGACAAGGCACGGAAGUCGUUGUUGAAGAGAGACAACAGGCAACGUUUGCACGGCGCGCGUCGACGGAGCGGAGCAGCUCGCUUUCGUCUUCUCCGACGCGUCUGUUUGCAUCUGCAAGUUCCCCCAUUUCGCGUUUUCCUCCGAGCGACCCUUCGCUGUCUUCUCCGGCGUCACGUCUCCGGGCGCUCUCGUUGUCUUCUUCGCUUCUUUCUCCGGGGCUCUCUGAAGAGGCGAGCAGUCCGCUUCCGCCCUCCACGGCGCCUCCAAGGCCUGAGGAGGCGCCUGCCCACGGGCUCUAUUCGUCUUCAGGGAGCUUGAGCAGGGAUGCGCAGCCUCCUGUUGCGUCUGCACAUGCCCCAGCGUCUCAGACUGGCGACGGGGACCCGCAGGCGAAGCCCUUGAAUCGCGUGGUGUUGAAGCAGCACAGGUCCUCUGAGGUAUCCGUCUCCUCCUCACCCUCAUUGGCAACGGACCCAGUCGGGGGUGGUCAGGGCUCCAAACGCGCCCCACCGCUUCCUCCGAAGAGUCCUCCUUGGACGGACGGGGGUCGCAGCUCAGCCGACAUGGGGGGCCCUUCUGGGCCGAAGGAGACGGAGUCAUCCGCGGCUUCAGCUCAUCAAGGCGUCUUCUCAGUCUCCCGGUCCUCUAGCAGCCUGGGCUUCGGAAGACUUUUCGGGAGCCUUUCGUCGACGUUUUCGAGGCGGAGGAACUCGGCGUCGUCCAAAAGCUCCGUGUCGCCCUCCGUGGCGGCGAGCGUCCCUGGGGGGUCUGCCGCUUCGGCGGUGGGAGCAUCGGAGCGAAGUGUUCCGAGCUCGGGUACGAAACCCCCCGCGGGGAACAGAGAGACACGCGGUGGCGAGGAAAGCCGAGACGAAGGCCCCAUCGACGUGCUCGCCUGCUAUUCCUUUCGGGCCUCUGAGCCCGAAGACGAACACGUGAGCGGAGGUGGCGACCCACCUCUCUCCUCGGUUCUCUCUCUCGAUUCAGACACCGCGUCCCUCCUCUCGUGCCACUCACUUUCUUCUCGGAGUAUCUCUCCUAAACCACGCAAAAACCCGACUCCGCACGACCCAAAGAUUCCCCCUCCAACAUUCAGUGGCGCCCCAUCUGCCUCUUCUCAUGCAGCCUCUCUUGGCUCAGCAGCUGGGGGAGCGAAGCGGGCGAAGACCAAAAGCAAGGAAGCUACUUUAGGGGCGAACCGACGUUUCGGCUCGAGUGCGUCUCACCAGACGCCGGCUGGCCCGGAGACGUCGCCUAACUCAUCUUUGGGGGCGGCAGCUGCGGACUUUAAGGCGCCCGGAACUAAGGCGGCUCCUGCGGGUGUCGCACGUCGCGCCAGCGCGGCGCCAGUCCGGUCAAGCCACCACUUUUCGGAGCCCCAGAUGCCACCGCCUAAGGCCCGCAGGUCGUCGGAUCUUUUUUCGUUUGGGGAGGCUUCGGACGGGGAGGCUUCCUCGGAGCGCCUCUGGACGCAGAUCGGCGGCCAGGCUUUGCGGACAACCGCCCAAGAGAAGCGCGACGCAAAUGCGAAGCGCGAGCUCGAGAUCUUCGCCUCUGAGUUCCUCCUUUCAGAAGAUGAAGCUCGUCCUCGCCGUGAAACCCACAGACGCUCCACGAACGAUGCCGACCCUUCAACACUUCAGGGAGGGGGCCCCGCAGGCUCUCGCCACGUCCGCGCGACAUCCCCUACUCGUCACAGAAGCCUGGGCGGGAAGGCGUCUCGUGCGCGAGAACCGGAGCAAGCGCAAGCUUCGAGGAAGCGAACUGAACAAGCGGAAGCGAGGGAGGGGUUCCGCAAGAGAAGGUCCCAUUCAUAUGCAGCGGAGCGGCGCCGCGGUCGCACGCGAGACGAGGCGGGUCUCGGGAGGGGCGUCAGCAGGCGCCAGUCGAGUGUCGUCGCAGUCCACGACGGGCGGCUCAUCAGCAGUGCCGGCGCAGCGAAGGCGACGGCAGCUGAGGAAGAAAAGGAGAGAUCUGUGCGUCCGCGGGGCUCCGGACACCGCCGAAGCACUGAGGAGGAAGCUGUCCGCCGGGUUCGAUCUCGAAAGAAAGGGUCGACGGAGCUGGCACACCAGGGCAGCAGCGGCUUCAGACACAGUCUGGACUUGAAGCACCACCAUCGCCACCGCGAGUCGAGGCACGUUCUGAGGAGCGAAACGUCGCCGGCAGGCUUAACGCAUCAAAACUCUCAAAUCGACUAUGAAGCGAGUCGUCCUCCAGACCUUUCCGUGCGCCUCCAGCGUCACCGCACCCUUCAGUCGCCACUUCUCCACCUGCCCUCGUCGCCGUCGCUUCCUGCACUUCUCGCUGGGAGCCGCCAGUCUUCCUGGAGCGUGGGAGAGGACGAAGGCCGGCACCAGGGGCUGGGGCGAGGACCCCCUCAGGCCGAGGGCUUGAAGUCGAUGCUGGACGAGGAGGAGCGGGCAGAACUAAGACGAGAGCUGGCAGAACUCGAAGCUCGGGAGAAGCACCUCGAAAAGCUGCGCAACGAGUUGAAGAGGAUGGAGACACGCCUUGCGCAAGGUACCGAAAGUGAGGCGCGACCCACCAUACAUGCCAAGAACGUGCGAAACGAGCCCCGUGGGGGGAGGGAGAACAGAGCAAGGCUCUCAACUCGACGAAGAAAUCUGAGGUCGGGGGAUGACAGCCUCGAUGCUUCCUCAAAGUCAAACCAUGCCGGGGCAGAAAGCGAGACGCCACUCUCCGACGCCGGGCAGGGAGGCCUCACCGAAUAUGCCAGAAGCGAGGCGGAAGGUCGACAAGGCGAGAACAAGGACUCAGACGCCUCGAUCCCGUAUCGAUACCGUCCUGCAUUCGGAUACGAAGCUUCUCACGGGGCAUCUUUUCCAUGUCUUGCUCGGCUGCCGGCCAACUCGGGCGGACCAGGAGACGAGGCAGAAGAAGACUUCUGUCACUUGCUGCCUCAGCAUUCGUUCCGAUAUGAACCUUGUCUUGUAGUGCCUCCUCCGGCACAGGUCGAGUUUGUCAUGGAAGACGGAAAAUAUGGAAGAAGUGUUAGGCGCUCGUGUGACGACUCGGCCACAGGCGGCGCGGCGCCUCUGUGGGCCGUUUCGAGAUGCCCUUUUGCUUGUGUCUGCAAGCGGAGAUGCACAGUUUUCGUCUCCGCAACUGUCGCCUUCGUCAGGGUAUCCCAGGAAGAAGCCUUCAAGCAGGACAGCGUAGAUGCGCCCUUGUCUUCUUCGUGCAUGCGGUGCGACAGCGAGGCGACGGUAGAGCCGAAGUACCCGGACCGGUAUUUUCGAGUCGAAGCGAGACACGGUCUUUUCAGCAGCCUGCGCCUGCCUUCCUCCACCUCCAGCCAGAGUCUCCAAGGCGACCAACUCUGUGAGGAAGUGGCAUCCUUGGCACUCGACUCUGACAAGGAAGGCUCGGAGCUGCUGGAGGUCAUCCCGGGAGACUCGGGUGAAGAGUCAGUCAAAAUCUGUUGCAUCGAAGCCUGUUUCGAGAGCGACGGUGACCAAGGGGGCUCUCCGUUCGCGCCAAAAGAAUCGACGGAUGCUGUCACCUCGGGGAAAAAGGCUUGGCUGCCCUCCGGCUUCACCAAUCAGAGGCAAAAGCGAGGGACUGUUGCGCCUUCCCAGUCGCUGUCUGCGUUCGAGUCUCCUGCGCGACGGGUGCCAAUCUUCGGGACUGGCGUCUCGGCUUCCUUGUCGUCCUGCGAGUUCCAGGCUUCCGAUGGGUCUAGCGACGAGGUGUUUCCAGUGACCCCUGAGAGGGCUGUGAGCCUCGUAGAGCCUGAGACCUGCGCUGUUUCAUUGCCAGACACGAACUGCAUUCAGGACGAGCCGCCGCCUCUCAAGACGCAUAGUGCCCCGGCGUCUGCGAUAGCUGGGCGUGAUCCGUCUCGAAAGAACCUCCGUCUGUGUGUCCGAUUUGCGGCCGUGAUUGAGGAGAUUCUUCGCCUCAAGGAAGAGGAAGAGGAGGCCCAGAAGGCGGCACGUGAGGGCGAGGAAUGGCCUGAGCCUGCACCGGUGGCCUUCGACUGGAACCAAACGUGCGACGGACCCUCGACGGAAUCCAUGCAAGUAGACAAGAAGGCCGACAGCUCCGAGGCGCGGCGCAUGACGACGCUUCAGCGCCUAAGGGGGGCAAAGGCCCUGGGGUCCCGCUCCUCAUUUAAGUCCCUCGUGACGCGGUUGCGGUCCAGCUCUCAUGGCCAGAAUCAAGGAAAGCAGGACGAAGACCCGAAACAAAGUCCAGGGGAGCCUGCCUUGAAGCACCUCCGCCAGCAGUUCGCUCCGGCAGCCUUGCGCAACCCCCCACCCUCCGGUGUCUACGCAACUCCGGCUUUGCCUCGCCGCAACGCGGACGAAGCAGCCGACACACAAGGAAGGGAUUCGAGUCACGCUAAGGACUUGAACGAGACUCAGAACUGUCCUGCAGGCAGUGCAGCUGGAGGCGUGCUUUUUGGCUUCAUGCUCGGCCGGAGAAGUGGUGAGGGUUCAGGCCGCGGUUGGGGGGCUUCCCGCGAGGACAACCGCGACAAGUCAGAACGGCGCCCAUUCUGGCUCAGGAGGAAAGUCGUGUCGGAACGUGACACGUGAGAAGUUUGGGAGGAGGGAAAAGGGGUUGAAAAGGGCAGCCGUGUUUUUAUACAUGCACAUUCUUUGUUGCACACAGGGCGAAUGUGAGAGCGUGGGGGCAGCGGAACGCACUCGAUUUCUUUUGGCAUGUAAAGGGGGAUGACAGGCGGAAGGAAGGGACUGAUAUGUGGUCGUUUCCCAGGGAUACACAGGAUUCCAGAAUGAAAUGCAGCGAUAUCGGCUCGUUUGGAAAAACGGAACGCUGCAGAUUUUUCUUGUCAUUUGUAGACGAGAACGAAGGGUCUCAACCUAGUCCGGAAGCGCCUUCCUUUAUAUGCUGAAGUACGGUGUUUCGAGCGUCAUAGUAAAGGAAAUGAAGAGCGAUGAUACGCCGGCAUGAAGGUGCCGCCGUUUGCAGUCCGGUUGAGAGAGACAUGAGGACCAUGCUAGGCAACGCAUUUCACAGGCAGCGCCGUAGAGGUGCCUCUUCGUGAACGCAGGAGUUCUUCGUGGUAACUGAUGUGUAAGAUGCAGAGGAGCAUUGCAGUUGGAGAAGGUAAAAAAUACCACAAGAGGGCCAACCGGGGUUCGGGGGAUGUCCACGGAAACUGAAAGGUAAUCUUGGCGCGUCUAUUAGACUGUGUAUGGAGGGAAGCGAAAGCAAAGUAUGAACUGUGAAGCUACUUGGAUCUGGAUGGAUGUUGAGCAGAUAAUGUCGUGGAUGUUCGAAAGUCUACACAAGGGUGGCUGUGGAGGCCCCUGUAAUUUUAGUUACACGGCGGCCACACUGCUUAAAGCGUGUCACUCAGAGGCCCAUAAUGCGUUAAAAAAACCCAGGGCAUGUCACUGUGCACCCGCCACCAAAUGGCGAGGUUUCUGCUCUAGCGCGACAGAAUGAAAUUGCUGUAUUGAUGCGUAUGCAUGGGAUGUCCGUCGUCCCUUAUAUAUUCCUCCAUAUGUUAUAGUGUCAUCUUCCGCCGAUCAGAAUGCACUGUAUACUAGCAUACACGAACAGCUAACUGCUUGAUGCUACAGAAAAGUAUCCACGGCAGUCCGCGGCUGUAUACAGACCCCUGAGGGCGUCGAUCGCUGUUUUUCCAUGUGGUAUGUUGUCAAGAGGUCUCUGGUUCUUAAAUGCCCGGGGGGGCAGUCAGGGAAACGUAGUUUUCUCCCCGUGGCAACGGAGUGGUCCGUCGGCUGACAUUCGUCAUGUAUUUUGUCCCGUUUUUCUUGGAACGUCUCACACCCUGUUUUUACUAACUUCUCGACAAGGGAACGGUAGCUCGCGCCGUAUUUCUUUGCUGUGCAGUCCACCGGCGGAUUGAAGACAACGCUCUUACCUUGAGCUUUGUUAUUCACCCUUCGACCGUUGGGCUCUGCUGGUCGGUGACGCCCUCUUGACUUGGCGUUUUUCCACCUGUGCUGAUGAUCAAGAUUCGAACGCAGAACGCAUUUGCUCUACAGGUGACUCUCUGUAGAGCUGCCCGGGAUCACACAACCCGGUUGCUUUGCUAAGG